ACCGCUGCCGUUUUUCUCUACGGCCCUUGCUCUUGUCCACAUUAUAAGUCCAGGCAGCCACCACCCCUACUCGUGCAUUCCCAUUGUCCCUUCCCCGCCAUUUGUGCAGGGAGGCAAGCUCUGAGCACUCAGAGCACAUCGGGAACUGGGGCUUCUCGAAGCCUUAAAAGCGACCCCCCAGACCCAGAGAGAGAUCAGAGGAGCAAGUACCACCACCACUUCGAGCAAGGCCGGCCAUUUCUGCACAGGACAGCGGUAGUGUCGGUAGGCGUUCGCUGCCGCAGCUGGCUGUGUCGCCGCCGUUCUCUGCUCUUCACGUGCUUCGCGCCAUGGCCGCCGGCGCCUCGAGCUCCUCUCACGCCUACGGCUUCUCCAUCAGCGCGGUGCUCCUCGCAUCGUCGUUCGUGUGCCUCUUCGGCUCCGGGGAGGCUUCGGGGGCGGCGCACAGGGUGGUCGACCCCGAGUGGCACCCGGCCACCGCCACCUGGUACGGCAGCGCCGAGGGCGACGGCAGCGACGGCGGCGCGUGCGGGUACGGGACGCUGGUGGACGUGGUGCCGAUGAAGGCGCGCGUGGGCGCCGUGAGCCCCGUGCUGUUCAAGUCCGGGGAGGGCUGCGGCGCCUGCUACAAGGUCCGGUGCCUGGACCACGGCAUCUGCUCGCGCCGCGCCGUCACGGUCAUCGUCACCGACGAGUGCCCUGGCGGGGUCUGCUCCGGCGGCCGCACGCACUUCGACCUCAGCGGCGCCGCGUUCGGCCGCCUCGCCGUGGCCGGCGCCGGCGGCCAGCUGCGCAACCGGGGCGAGAUCAACGUCGUCUUCCGCAGGACGGCGUGCAGGUACGGGGGCAAGAACAUCGCCUUCCACGUGAACGAGGGCUCCACUAGCUUCUGGCUCUCCCUCCUGGUCGAAUUUGAGGACGGCGACGGCGACAUCGGAUCCAUGCAGCUCAAACAGGCCAACUCGGCGCAGUGGCGAGACAUGCAGCACGUCUGGGGGGCCACAUAUAGCCUCACCCCGGGCCCACUUGUCGGGCCCUUCUCCGUGCGGCUGACGACCCUGUCCAGCAAGCAGACCCUUACGGCCCAGGACGUCAUCCCCAAGAACUGGGCCCCCAAGGCCACCUACACCUCCCGGCUCAACUUCGCGUAGAGGCCUUCUGCUGGGCCGAAGUAUUAUCGGCCCGGGAGGUGGUUAAUUGGGCUUAGUUAUUGUCAAUCAGAGGCCCAUAUUAUUCUGUGCAGUUUGAUGUCGCGUGAAGAAGAUAAUCUUGGUAUAGUAGUGGAUAACCUGGUAUUAUGGCCCAGGUAGCCCCUCUCCUAAACUGGAGAGAGAGAGCGUCUGAUUCGGUUGGUGUGAGCCGCAUGCUUCCUGGAGGCUGGAAAUGGGAGCUCCGGUGAAGAGCGGCUGGGGAACCAAAGGCUUGCAUGACUCCUCUUUGAUGGACUCAUGCAAUACUUAUUUCUGCGUUUUAUCUUGUAACUUAAUAUAUUGUUAUUAAUUAUCGUGCCCUCUUGGUACAUGGUUGUAACUUGUGACUUAUGCACCCUAAGUUAUAGGGUCUCUAAACUAUAGUCAUGUACUUGUUCGUUCAUGUUAUCUAUCAAGGGCUGUUGCCAUUUUGAAGGGGAAAAAAUGCAAGCUCAAAUGAUC